AGGCCGGCCCCCUCCCCUGCUUCUGUCCCCUCCCCCCCCGCCGGUCGGGAUCAGUCAGCGCGAUCCUCAGCGGGGGAGGGGGGGGCGGCGGCCGAACGAUGUGCGAGAACUGCGCAGACCUGGUGGAGGUGUUAAAUGAAAUAUCAGAUAUAGAAGGUGGUGAUGGACUGCAGCUCAGAAAGGAACAUACUCUCAAAAUAUUUGCUUAUAUCAAUUCCUGGACUCAGAGGCAAUGUCUGUGCUGCUUCAAGGAAUAUAAGCAUUUGGAGAUUUUUAACCAAGUAGUGUGUGCACUUAUUAACCUAGUGAUUGCCCAAGUUCAAGUGCUCCGGGACCAGCUUUGUAAACAUUGUGCUACCAUUAACAUAGAUUCCACGUGGCAAGAUGAGAGUAAUCAAGCGGAAGAACCACUAAAUAUAGAUAGAGAAUGUAAUGAAGGAAAUGCAGAAAGACAAAAAUCAAUAGAAAAAAAAUCAAACUCUACAAGAAUAUGUAAUCUGACUGAGGAAGAAUCUUCAAAGAAUUCUGAUCCUUUUAGUUUAUGGAGUACAGAGGAGAAGGAAAAACUAUUACUGUGUGUAGCAAAAAUUUUUCAAAUCCAGUUUCCCUUAUAUACUGCUUACAAGCAUAAUACUCAUCCUACUAUAGAGGAUAUAUCGACGCAAGAAAGUAACAUAUUAGGGGCAUUCUGUGAUAUGAAUGAUGUAGAAGUUCCCUUGCAUUUGCUUCGUUAUGUCUGUCUAUUUUGUGGAAAAAAUGGCCUUUCUCUCAUGAAGGAUUGCUUUGAAUAUGGAACUCCUGAAACAUUGCCGUUUCUUAUAGCACAUGCAUUUAUUACAGUUGUUUCUAAUAUUAGGAUAUGGCUCCAUAUCCCUGCUGUCAUGCAACAUAUUAUACCAUUUAGAACUUAUGUUAUCAGAUAUUUAUGCAAGCUCUCUGAUCAGGAGUUACGACAGAGUGCAGCUCGUAACAUGGCUGACUUAAUGUGGAGUACAGUGAAAGAACCAUUGGAUACAACACUAUGCUUUGAUAAAGAAAGCCUUGAUCUUGCAUUUAAGUACUUUAUGUCACCAACUUUGACCAUGAGGUUGGCUGGAUUGAGUCAGAUAACAAAUCAGCUUCAUACUUUCAACGAUGUGUGCAAUAAUGAAUCAUUGGUAUCAGACACAGAAACGUCUAUUGCAAAAGAACUUGCUGACUGGCUUAUUAGCAACAAUGUAGUGGAACAUAUAUUUGGACCAAAUUUACAUAUUGAGAUUAUUAAGCAGUGCCAAGUGAUUUUGAAUUUCUUGGCAGCAGAAGGACGACUGAGUACUCAGCAUAUUGACUGCAUUUGGGCUGCAGCACAGCUCAAACACUGUAGUCGAUAUAUUCAUGACUUAUUCCCUUCACUCAUCAAGAAUCUGGAUCCUGUGCCACUUAGACAUUUACUUAAUCUGGUCUCAGCUCUUGAGCCAAGUGUUCAUACUGAACAGACACUGUACUUGGCAUCCAUGUUAAUUAAAGCUUUGUGGAAUAAUGCACUUGCCGCUAAGGCCCAACUAUCUAAACAGAGUUCUUUUGCAUCUUUAUUAAACACUAAUAUGCCCAUUGGAAAUAAAAAAGAGGAAGAAGAGCUGAGAAGAGCAGCUCCUUCACCUUGGUCUCCUGCAGCAAGUCCUCAAAGUAGUGACAACAGUGAUACACAUCAGAGUGGAGCCAGUGACAUUGAAAUGGAUGAGCAGCUUAUUAAUAGAACCAAGCAUGUGCAGCAACGACUUUCUGACACCGAGGAAUCCAUGCAAGGAAGUUCUGACGAAACUGCUAACAGUGGUGAAGAUGGAAGCAGUGGCCCUGGUAGCAGUAGUGGACAUAGUGAUGGAUCUAGUAAUGGAGUCAACUCAAGCCAUGCGAGCCAGUCAGCUGGUAGUCCGGGAAGUGAGGUGCAAUCAGAAGACAUUGCAGACAUUGAAGCCCUUAAAGAAGAAGAGGAAGAUGAUGAUCAUGGUCACAAUCCUCCCAAAAACAGUUGUGGUACAGAACUUCGAAACAGAAAGUUAGAAAGUCAAGCAGCCAUUUGCUUGGGGGAAUCCCAAGGCACAUCUGAAAGAAAUGGGACAAGCAGUGGAACAGGAAAGGACCUGGUUUUUAAUACUGAGUCAUUGCCACCUGUAGAUAAUCGAAUACGAAUGCUAGAUGCCUGUGCUCACUCUGAAGACCCAGAACAUGACAUUUCAGCGGAAAUGAGUUCUGCACACAUAGCACAAGGUUCUCAGGAGUCUUGUAUCACACGAAGCGGGGACUUCCUUGGGGAGACUAUUGGGAAUGAAUUGUUUAAUUGUCGGCAGUUUAUUGGUCCACAGCACCAUCACCACCACCACCAUCACCACCACCAUCACCACCACCACCACCACCACCACCAUCAUGAUGGACAUAUGGUUGAUGAUAUGCUAAGUGCAGAUGAUGUCAGUUGCAGUAGCUCGCAGGUCAGUGCAAAGUCAGAAAAAAAUAUGGCUGAUUUUGAUGGUGAAGAAUCUGGAUGUGAAGAGGAACUAGUUCAGAUCAAUUCACAUGCAGAACUAACAUCUCAUCUUCAACAACAUCUUCCCAAUUUAGCAUCUAUUUACCACGAACAUCUUAGUCAAGGACCUGCAGUUCAUAAGCAUCAGUUCAAUAGUAAUGCUGUGACAGACAUUAAUUUAGAUAAUGUCUGCAAGAAAGGAAACACUUUAUUAUGGGACAUAGUGCAAGAUGAUGAUGCAGUUAAUCUUUCUGAAGGAUUAAUAAAUGAAGCAGAGAAACUUCUCUGUUCGUUGGUUUGUUGGUUUACGGAUAGACAGAUUCGAAUGAGAUUCAUUGAAGGCUGCCUUGAAAACUUAGGGAACAACAGAUCAGUAGUGAUUUCACUUCGUCUUCUUCCAAAACUGUUUGGUACUUUUCAACAGUUUGGUAGCAGUUAUGAUACACAUUGGAUUACAAUGUGGGCAGAAAAAGAACUGAACAUGAUGAAGCUUUUCUUUGACAAUCUGGUGUAUUACAUUCAAGGUCUCAGAGAGGGAAGACAGAAGCAUGCAUUGUACAGCCAUAGUGCCGAAGUUCAAGUUCGACUUCAAUUCCUAACUUGUGUGUUUUCAACUCUGGGAUCACCUGAUCAUUUCAGGUUAAGUUUAGAGCAAGUCGACAUUUUAUGGCAUUGUUUAGUAGAAGAUUCUGAGUGCUAUGAUGAUGCACUUCACUGGUUUUUAAAUCAAGUUCGAAGUAAAGAUCAACAUGCAAUGGGAAUGGAAACCUACAAACAUCUUUUCCUGGAGAAGAUGCCCCAGCUAAAACCUGAAACAAUUAGCAUGACUGGCUUAAACCUGUUUCAGCAUCUGUGUAACUUGGCUCGAUUGGCUACCAGUGCCUAUGAUGGUGGCUCAAAUUCUGAGCUGUGUGGUAUGGACCAGUUUUGGGGCAUUGCAUUAAGAGCACAAUCGGGUGAUGUCAGUCGAGCAGCUAUUCAGUAUAUUAACUCCUACUACAUUAAUGGUAAAACGGGUUUGGAAAAGGAGCAAGAAUUUAUUAGCAAGUGCAUGGAAAGUCUUAUGAUAGCUUCUAGCAGUCUUGAACAAGAAUCACACUCAAGUCUCACAGUUAUAGAAAGAGGAUUACUUAUGCUGAAGACACAUCUGGAAGCAUUUAGGAGAAGGUUUGCAUAUCAUCUGAGACAGUGGCAGAUUGAGGGCACUGGUAUUAGUAGUCAUUUGAAAGCACUGAGUGACAAACAGUCUUUGCCUCUAAGGGUUGUAUGUCAGCCUGCUGGACUUCCUGACAAGAUGACUAUUGAAAUGUAUCCCAGUGACCAGGUAGCAGAUCUUAGGGCUGAAGUAACUCACUGGUAUGAAAACUUACAGAAAGAACAAAUAAAUCAGCAAGCUCAGCUACAGGAAUUUGGUCAAAGCAACAGAAAAGGAGAGUUUCCUGGUGGCCUUAUGGGGCCUGUCAGGAUGAUCUCAUCUGGACAUGAAUUAACAACAGACUAUGAUGAAAAAGCACUUCAUGAGCUUGGUUUUAAAGAUAUGCAGAUGGUAUUUGUAUCUUUGGGUGCACCAAGGAGAGAACGUAAAGGGGAAGGUGUUCAGCUGCCUGCAUCUUGCCUCCCACCCCCUCAAAAGGACAACAUUCCGAUGCUUUUGCUGUUACAAGAACCUCAUUUAACUACUCUCUUUGAUUUAUUAGAAAUGCUUGCUUCAUUUAAACCACCCUCAGGAAAAGUGGCGGUGGAUGACAGUGAGAGUUUAAAAUGUGAAGAACUUCAUCUUCAUGCAGAAAAUCUGUCAAGGCGUGUGUGGGAGUUGCUGAUGCUUCUUCCUACAUGUCCAAACAUGUUGAUGGCAUUCCAGAAUAUUUCAGAUGAACAGAGCAAUGAUGGACUUAAUUGGAAAGAACUUCUCAAAAUUAAGAGUGCUCAUAAGUUGUUAUAUGCUCUUGAAAUUAUUGAAGCACUAGGAAAACCCAACAGAAGAAUAAGGAGAGAGUCGACGGGAAGUUACAGUGAUCUUUAUCCAGAUUCCGAUGAUUCAAGUGAAGAUCAAGUGGAAAAUAGUAAAAAUUCUUGGAGUUGCAAGUUUGUUGCUGCUGGCGGGCUUCAACAGUUACUGGAAAUAUUUAAUUCUGCAAUUCUAGAGCCAAAAGAGCAGGAAUCAUGGACUGUGUGGCAGCUAGAUUGUCUUGCUUGCUUGCUGAAAUUAAUCUGCCAGUUUGCAGUAGAUCCAUCUGAUUUGGAUUUAGCUUAUCACGAUGUCUUUGCAUGGUCUGGCAUAGCUGAAAGUCACAGGAAAAGAACCUGGCCUGGAAAAUCAAGAAAAGCUACUGGUGAUCAUGCCAAGAGUCUUCAUAUACCACGAUUAACAGAGGUAAUACUCAGAAAUCAAAAUUAAAUUGUCCUAAUGAAUUCUACUUAAGUUUUAAGAAAGCUAAUGAGCCUUGUUUAUUUUUUCAUAUUUUUGUUUUACAGGGUUUUGAAAGCUCAGUCUGAUCACAGGUCUAGACAUGAAGUUUCACAUUAUUCAAUGUGGCUCUUGGUGAGCUGGGCUCAUUGCUGCUCUUUAGUGAAAUCUAGCCUUGCUGAUAGUGAUCAUUUACAAGACUGGCUGAAGAAAUUGACCCUCCUUAUUCCUGAGACUGCAGUUCGUCAUGAAUCUUGCAAUGGUCUCUAUAAGUUAUCUCUGUCAGGCCUAGAUGGAGCAGACUCAAUUCAUCGAUCUUUUCUUCUUUUGGCUGCCUCAACCUUGUUGAAAUUCCUUCCUGAUGCUCAAGCUCUCAAACCUCUAAGGAUAGAUGAUUAUGAAGAAGAACCGAUGUUAAAACCUGGAUGUAAAGAAUAUUUUUGGUUGUUAUGCAAAUUAGUGGACAACAUUCAUAUAAAGGAUGCUAGUCAGACAACACUCCUCGAUUUAGAUGCUUUGGCAAGACAUUUGGCUGACUGUAUUCGCAGUAGGGAGAUCCUUGAUCACCUAGAUGGUCAUAUAGAAGAUGAUGGGCUUUCGGGACUUCUAAGGCUUGCAACAAGUGUUAUUAAACAUAAACCACCUUUCAAGUUUUCAAGAGAAGGACAGGAAUUUUUAAGAGAUAUCUUCAAUCUUCUGUUUUUGUUGCCCAGUCUAAAGGACCGACGGCAGCCAAAGUGCAAAUCACACUCUUCAAGGGCCGCUGCGUAUGAUUUGUUGGUAGAGAUGGUAAAAGGGUCUGUUGAGAACUACAGGCUAAUACACAACUGGGUGAUGGCACAGCACAUGCAGUCCCAUGCACCUUAUAAAUGGGACUACUGGCCUCAUGAGGAUGUGCGUGCAGAAUGCCGAUUUGUAGGCUUGACUAACCUUGGAGCUACUUGUUAUUUGGCAUCCACUAUUCAGCAACUUUAUAUGAUACCUGAGGCAAGGCAAGCUGUCUUCACUGCUAAGUAUUCAGAAGAUAUGAAGCACAAAACCACUCUUUUGGAGCUUCAGAAAAUGUUUACAUAUUUAAUGGAGAGUGAGUGCAAAGCAUACAACCCUAGACCUUUCUGUAAAACAUAUACCAUGGACAAGCAGCCUCUUAAUACUGGGGAGCAGAAAGAUAUGACAGAGUUCUUUACAGAUCUGAUUACUAAAGUUGAAGAGAUGUCUCCAGAACUGAAAAAUACUGUCAAAAGCCUAUUUGGAGGUGUAAUUACAAACAAUGUUGUGUCCUUGGAUUGUGAACAUGUUAGUCAGACUGCUGAAGAGUUUUAUACUGUAAGGUGCCAGGUGGCAGAUAUGAAGAAUAUUUAUGAAUCUCUUGAUGAAGUUACUAUUAAAGACACUUUAGAAGGGGACAACAUGUACACUUGUUCUCAUUGUGGAAAGAAAGUCAGAGCUGAAAAAAGGGCAUGUUUUAAGAAAUUACCUCGUAUACUGAGUUUCAAUACUAUGAGAUACACAUUUAAUAUGGUCACAAUGAUGAAAGAGAAAGUGAAUACACACUUUUCCUUCCCUUUACGUUUGGAUAUGACACCAUACACAGAAGAUUUUCUAAUGGGAAAGAGUGACAGAAAAGAUGGUUUUAAAGAAGUCAACGACCAUUCCAAAGACACAGAAAGCUAUGAGUAUGACUUAAUUGGAGUGACCGUUCAUACAGGAACAGCAGAUGGUGGGCAUUACUAUAGUUUCAUCAGAGACAUAGUCAAUCCACAUGCUUAUAGAAACAAUAAGUGGUAUCUUUUUAAUGAUGCUGAGGUAAAACCUUUUGAUUCUGCUCAACUUGCCUCUGAAUGCUUUGGUGGUGAGAUGACGACAAAAACCUAUGAUUCGGUUACAGAUAAAUUUAUGGAUUUCUCCUUUGAGAAGACACAUAGUGCAUAUAUGCUGUUUUACAAACGCAUGGAACCAGAGGAAGAAAAUGGCAGAGAAUACAAAUUUGAUGUUUCAUCAGAGUUACUAGAGUGGAUUUGGCAUGAUAACAUGCAAUUUUUACAAGACAAAAACAUUUUUGAACACACUUACUUUGGGUUCAUGUGGCAGCUGUGCAGUUGUAUUCCAAGUACAUUACCAGAUCCUAAAGCUGUGUCCCUAAUGACAGCAAAGUUAAGUACUUCUUUUGUUUUAGAGACAUUUAUUCAUUCAAAAGAGAAGCCAACAAUGCUUCAGUGGAUUGAACUACUGACCAAACAGUUUAAUAAUAGUCAAGCAGCCUGUGAGUGGUUUUUAGACCGCAUGGCUGAUGAUGACUGGUGGCCGAUGCAGAUACUAAUUAAAUGUCCUAAUCAAAUUGUGAGACAGAUGUUUCAGCGUUUAUGUAUCCAUGUGAUUCAGAGAUUGAGACCUGUGCAUGCCCAUCUCUAUCUACAGCCAGGAAUGGAAGAUGGGUCAGAUGAUAUGGAUGCCUCAGUAGAAGAUAUUGGUGGUCGUUCAUGUGUCACUCGUUUUGUUAGAACUCUGUUGUUAAUUAUGGAACAUGGUGUAAAACCUCACAGCAAACAUCUUACAGAGUAUUUAGCUUUCCUUUAUGAAUUUGCCAAGAUGGGUGAAGAAGAGAGCCAGUUUCUGCUUUCAUUGCAAGCCAUAUCUACAAUGGUUCAUUUCUAUAUGGGAACCAAAGGACCUGAAAAUCCUCAAGUUGAAGUAUUGUCAGAGGAAGAAGGGGAAGAAGAGGAAGAAGAAGAAGAUAUACUCUCUCUGGCAGAAGAAAAGUACAGACCCGCUGCCCUUGAAAAGAUGAUAGCUUUAGUUGCUCUUUUGGUUGAACAGUCUCGCUCAGAAAGGCAUUUGACAUUAUCACAGACUGACAUGGCUGCAUUAACAGGAGGAAAGGGAUUUCCCUUCUUAUUUCAACAUAUUCGUGAUGGCAUCAAUAUAAGACAAACUUGUAAUCUAAUUUUUAGUCUGUGUCGAUAUAAUAAUCGACUUGCGGAACAUAUUGUAUCUAUGCUUUUCACUUCAAUAGCAAAGUUGACGCCUGAGGCAGCCAAUCCUUUCUUUAAAUUGUUGACCAUGCUAAUGGAAUUUGCUGGUGGACCUCCAGGAAUGCCUCCUUUUGCAUCCUACAUUCUGCAAAGGAUAUGGGAGGUUAUUGAAUACAAUCCUUCUCAGUGUCUGGACUGGUUGGCAGUGCAGACACCCCGAAAUAAGCUGGCACACAGCUGGGUUCUUCAGAAUAUGGAAAAUUGGGUCGAGCGAUUUCUUUUGGCUCACAAUUAUCCUAGAGUCAGGACUUCUGCAGCUUAUCUUCUGGUGUCCCUUAUACCAAGCAAUUCAUUCCGCCAGAUGUUCCGGUCAACAAGGUCUUUGCACAUCCCAACCCGUGACCUUCCACUCAGUCCAGACACAACAGUAGUCCUACAUCAGGUCUACAACGUGCUACUUGGUUUGCUCUCAAGAGCCAAACUUUAUGUUGAUGCUGCUGUUCAUGGCACUACAAAGCUAGUGCCCUAUUUUAGCUUUAUGACUUACUGUUUAAUUUCCAAAACUGAGAAGCUGAUGUUUUCCACAUAUUUCAUGGAUUUGUGGAACCUUUUCCAGCCUAAGCUUUCUGAGCCAGCAAUAGCUACAAAUCACAAUAAACAGGCUUUGCUUUCAUUUUGGUACAAUGUGUGUGCUGACUGUCCAGAGAAUAUCCGCCUUAUUGUUCAAAACCCAGUGGUAACCAAGAACAUUGCCUUCAAUUACAUCCUUGCUGACCAUGAUGAUCAGGAUGUGGUGCUUUUUAACCGUGGGAUGCUGCCUGCCUACUACGGCAUUCUGAGGCUCUGCUGUGAGCAAUCGCCUGCAUUUACUCGACAACUGGCUUCUCACCAGAACAUCCAAUGGGCCUUUAAGAAUCUUACACCACAUGCCAGCCAGUACCCUGGAGCUGUGGAAGAACUGUUUAACUUAAUGCAGCUAUUUAUAGCUCAGAGGCCAGACAUGCGAGAAGAGGAAAUAGAAGAUAUUAAGCAGUUUAAGAAAACAACUAUAAGCUGUUAUUUACGUUGCUUAGAUGGUCGCUCUUGUUGGACUACUUUAAUAAGUGCCUUCAGAAUACUAUUAGAGUCUGAUGAAGACAGACUUCUUGUGGUAUUUAAUCGAGGGUUAAUCCUGAUGACUGAGUCUUUCAACACGCUGCACAUGAUGUAUCAUGAAGCUACAGCUUGCCAUGUGACUGGAGACUUAGUAGAACUUCUGUCAAUAUUUCUCUCCGUUUUGAAGUCUACACGCCCAUAUCUUCAGAGAAAAGAUGUGAAGCAGGCAUUAAUCCAGUGGCAGGAGAGAAUUGAAUUUGCCCAUAAACUUCUAACCCUUCUUAAUUCCUAUAGCCCUCCAGAACUAAGAAAUGCUUGCAUAGAUGUCCUCAAGGAACUUGUUCUUUUGAGUCCCCAUGAUUUUCUUCAUACUCUGGUUCCCUUCCUGCAACACAACCAUUGUACUUACCAUCACAGUAAUAUCCCAAUGUCUCUUGGACCUUAUUUCCCUUGUCGAGAAAAUAUCAAGCUAAUAGGAGGGAAAAGCAAUAUUCGGCCUCCGCGCCCUGAACUCAAUAUGUGCCUCUUGCCCACAAUGGUGGAAACCAGUAAGGGCAAAGAUGACGUUUAUGAUCGUAUGCUGCUAGACUACUUCUUUUCUUAUCAUCAGUUCAUCCAUCUAUUAUGCCGAGUUGCAAUCAACUGUGAAAAAUUUACUGAAACAUUAGUUAAGCUGAGUGUCCUGGUUGCCUAUGAAGGCUUGCCACUUCAUCUUGCACUGUUCCCCAAACUUUGGACUGAGCUGUGCCAGACUCAGUCCACUAUGUCAAAAAACUGCAUCAAGCUUCUGUGUGAAGAUCCUGUUUUUGCAGAGUAUAUUAAAUGUAUCCUAAUGGAUGAAAGAACUUUCCUAAAUAACAAUAUUGUCUACACAUUCAUGACACAUUUCCUUUUAAAGGUUCAAAGUCAAGUGUUUUCAGAAGCAAACUGUGCUAGUUUGAUCAGCACUCUUAUCACAAACUUGAUAAAUCAGUAUCAAAACCUACAAUCAGAUUUUACCAACCGUGUUGAAAUUUCAAAAGCAAGUGCUUCCUUAAAUGGGGACCUGAGGGCACUUGCUUUGCUCCUGUCAGUACACACUCCCAAACAGUUAAACCCAGCUCUGAUCCCAACUCUGCAAGAGCUUCUGAGCAAAUGUAGGACCUGUCUGCAGCAGAGACACUCACUCCAAGAGCAAGAAGCCAAAGAAAGAAAAACUAAAGAUGAUGAAGGGGCAACUCCUGUUAAAAGAAGGCGUGUGAGCAGCGAUGAGGAGCACACUGUAGACAGCUGCAUUGGCGACAUAAAAACAGAUACCAGGGAGGUCCUGACCCCCACUAGCACCUCAGACAAUGAGACAAGAGACUCAUCCAUUAUUGAUCCAGGGACGGAGCAAGACCUUCCUUCCCCUGAAAAUGGCUCUGUCAAAGAGUAUCGGAUGGAAGGCCUAUCUUCGUUUUCAGAAGAUGGGUCACAUAUCCGGUCGCAGCAUGCAGAGGAACAGUCAAACAGUGGCAGGUUUGAUGACUGUAAAGAGUUUAAAGACCUUCACUGUUCCAAGGAUACUACACUAGCUGAAGAUGAAUCCGAAUUCCCUUCUACUUCCAUCUCCGCAGUUUUAUCUGACUUAGCUGAUUUGAGAAGCUGUGAUGGUCAAGCUUUGUCCUCCCAGGAUCCUGAAGCUGCUUUAUCACUCAGUUGUGGCCAUUCCAGAGGCCUCUUUAGUCACGUGCAGCAACACGACAUUUUAGAUACCCUAUGUAGGACCAUUGAAUCAACAAUCCAUGUGGUCACAAGGAUAUCUGGCAAAGGAAAUCAAGCUGCUUCUUGACAUUAGAUGUGGCAUGUCUACUUUCAAGUGCCCCUCCCCCUUGCCGUUUGUCUAAAUUUUGCUUAUUUGUUUUGUGCUUCAGUUUGUCCAGUGCUCUCUGCUUGAAUGGCAAGAUAGAUUUAUAGGCUUAAUUCUUGGUCAGGCAGAACUCCAGAUGAGAAAACCUUGCAUCUUCUGUAUACUUUCUAAAGGGCAAUCAGAUAAUGGAUAUGUUUUAUGUAAUUAAGAGUUCACUGUAGUGGCUUUCAUUUAAUAAGGCUUUCUGGGAGAAUCAGGGCUCUGACCCUGUACAAUGUAAUUUAAACUUACAGCAUUUUUACUGUGUAUAAUAUGGUGUCCUCUGUGCCAGUUUUGUACCUUAAAAUAAGAGAGGCAGAUUGCCUCUGAUCGCUGUGGUUCUUAUUAUCAAAAUUAAGUUUACUUGUAUACGGAACAACCACAAGAAAUUUGAUUCUGUAAAGAAUCCUCUUUAGCUGUGGCCUGGCAGUAUAUAAAUGGUGCUUUAUUUAACAGAAUACCUGUGGAGGAAAUAAAGCACACUUGAUGUAAAAAUAACUGUUUUAUUUUUAUUGAAAUGACUGCCUCUUCUGUGUACUUAAACUGACUGUGAUGCCUUUGUUACAUAAGUUGUUUCAGUUCCCUCGGACGACAGCCAGCCCAUGAGCAGACUGAAGACAGGAAGCAUAUAGCCUUCUGCUUUGCUGUUUGAGAAGUCCCUCAGCAGUCCAAAACAGGAACUGACCAUGUGGAUGUCUCACCAAGGAAAGCCAGAAAAGCGUAACAAUGCAGCCAACUAGCCCUCACCACAACACCACUCCUAAGAACUACAUCUUGAAAACUGGAGUAGAAUAAAAGAAUAGUAUAACAUGC